AUGCCUCAUCAUGCGCGGCCUGGGCGAGAGCCUAAAACCCAAAAGAAUGGUCGAACUGAGCAGCGCCAACAGAAGCGCAAGAGAGCGCAAGAGGAUCUUCAGCAGCUCGAGCAACGAGUGAAUGAUUUGGACCCAAAAUCGGAUGAAAUCAAGAACUUUUCCCAUCUUCCUCUCUCUGUACCGACCGCCACCGGCCUCGAAGCCUCACAUUUCCAGACCCUUACCGAUGUCCAAGCUCACGCCAUUCCACUGGCUCUCAAGGGCAAAGAUCUCAUGGGAGCCGCCAAGACAGGAAGCGGAAAGACUCUGGCUUUCCUUGUUCCCGUUCUCGAGAAACUCUACCGUGCUCAAUGGACCGAAUACGAUGGACUAGGUGCCCUUAUCAUUGCUCCCACUCGAGAACUUGCGGUCCAGAUCUUCGAGGUGCUUCGAAAGAUUGGCAGAAAUCACGUUUUCUCUGCAGGCUUGGUCAUCGGCGGAAAGAACUUGAAGGAGGAGGCAGAACGAUUGGAGCGAAUGAAUAUUUUGAUUUGCACCCCCGGUCGGAUGUUGCAGCAUCUUGAUCAGACAGCUGGUUUCGACGCCAACAACUUGCAGCUCUUGGUUCUGGACGAGGCAGAUCGCAUUAUGGAUAUGGGUUUCCAACAUGAUGUUGAUGCGCUAGUCGAGCAUCUGCCCAAAUCACGACAGACGCUCAUGUUCAGUGCAACCCAGAGCAAGAAAGUCUCAGAUCUUGCUCGUCUCAGUCUCAAGGACCCCGAAUAUGUCUCUGUUCACGAAGCAGCAGUUAGCGCCACUCCUACAAACCUCCAACAGCACUACAUCAUUACGCCUCUGACAGAGAAACUCGACACAUUAUAUGGCUUCAUCAAGGCCAAUUUGAAGAGCAAGAUUAUUGUCUUUCUGAGCUCAGGCAAACAAGUUCGAUUUGUAUACGAGAGUUUCCGUCAUCUUCAGCCCGGUAUUCCUCUGCUACAUCUUCACGGCCGCCAGAAGCAAAUUGCACGAAUGGAGAUUACAAACAGAUUCACAGCUGCGAAGCAAUCGUGCUUGUUUGCCACAGAUGUCGUCGCGCGAGGAAUUGAUUUCCCUGCCGUUGACUGGGUUAUUCAGGCCGAUUGUCCUGAGGAUGUAGAUACAUAUAUCCACCGAGUUGGAAGAACAGCUCGAUACCAAAGCAAUGGUCGAGCUGUGCUGUUCCUCGACCCCAGCGAAGAGCCAGGAAUGUUGAAGAAUCUUGAGCAGAAAAAGAUCCCCAUACAAAAGGUGAAUGUCAAGGAGAAGAAAAAGAAGAGUAUCAAGGAUCAACUACAAAGCAUGUGCUUCCAGAACCCAGAUCUGAAGUACCUUGGUCAGAAGGCAUUCAUCAGUUACACACGGUCAAUUCAUCUACAAAGAGACAAGGGUGUUUUCAAAUUCAACAAAUUAGACCUUGAUGGCUUCGCUGCUAGUCUUGGUCUCCCAGGUACACCGCAGGUCAAGUUCAGAAAGGGCGAGGAUAUCAAGAAAAUAAAGAAUGCUCCUCGUGCUGGCAUGUCUAGCGACUCUGAAAUGGAAGAAGGUGGUGAAAAGUCAAAGAAAAAGAACGAGGUGCGCACAAAGUACGACAAGAUGUUUGAGCGCACAAAUCAAGACGUUCUAUCAAGUCAUUACAACAAGCUUGUGCUUGAUGGCGAUGAGAAGUCGGAUGAUGACGACGGCGAUUUCUUGUCAGUCAAGAGAGUACUGAAGGAUGAUGAGCUAGACGAUGAGGCAAACAACGCUUUCAAGAGCACAGCAAAGGUCAUUGAUGGUCUAGGUGGUGAAGAACCAUUUGUGGUUGACUCGAAACGUCGUGAGAAGGCUCUCAAGUCAAAGAAGAAGAUGCUCAAGUUCAAGGGCAACUCAACCAAAGUCGUAUUCGACGAUGACGGCAACGCGCAUGCUAUCUACGAGCUCAAGGACGAGGAAGACUUCGUUGAAGAGGGCCCAGCCGAAGAACAGCGUCGCAAAUUCGUCGAGGACGAGACAUCGCGUGUUCGCGAGGCAGAUGUGGACGACAAAGCUCUCGCCAAGCAAAAGCGUCGCGAGAAGCGAGAAAAGCGCAAGGCCGCCGAGCGAGCAGAGCGUAUGGGUAUCGUGUCAGACGACGACGACGGCGACGCACCCAUGCUGCUCAACGCAGACGGCGGCGAAGACCCGCUGGCACUUAUGCGAUCGCUGCCAAUGGGCGGCGACAGGUCAGACAGCGAGGAAGACCGCGAGCCGCCCAAGAAGAGAGCCAAGAAGUGGUUCGAGGACGACUCGGAGGACGAGAAGAAGAGCAGGGGCAAGGGAAGGGUCAUCAAGGUGCAGGACGAGCCGGAGACUUUGGAGGAUCUCGAGGCGCUUGCUACUGGAUUGCUGGAUUAA